UUAUACGACAUAUUCAUCGCUCCAAUUUCAGACUCGAUAAAAGGUGACGAACUCGUCAUUGUCCCUUACGGUUCAUCGUUCUUGAUUCCUUAUGCUGCCCUUGUGGACCAAAACUCUAGGUAUUUAUCUGAAACGCUUAGAAUUAGAUUGAUUCCAUCACUGACAAGCUUAAGGCUGCUCGCAGAAUGUCCGGAGGGCCGCCAUAGUACAUCGGGGGCUCUACUUGUUGGAAACCCGUGGGUGGAAACUGUACGCAUAAGCCGCAAAUCAUUUCGUAAGCUUCCAGGUGCUGAGGAAGAGGUAAAAAUGAUUAGAUAAAUUCUAAACAUCGAGCCUCUCACCGGAAAGAACGCCACAAAAGGUCGGGUUUUAAGCGGGCUCAACUCAGUUUCGUUAGUGCACAUAGCAGCUCAUGGUCGUACAGAAACCGGAGAAAUUAUUUUGUCUCCUAAUUUUGCUAGUGCAAAAAGACCCAAAGAGCAAGACUUUCUUUUGACAAUGGCAGAUGUGUUGGAUGCAAAAGUGCACGCCAAGCUAGUUGUCUUAAGCUGCUGCAACAGUGGGCGAGGAAAUAUCAAAGUCGAAGGAGUGGUUGGUAUUGCACGUGCCUUCUUAGGAGCCGGUGCGCGUUCUGUUAUUGCGACACUGUGGGAGAUUGAUGACGAAGCCACUCUUGCGUUUAUGAGACACUUUUACGAACAUUUAGUAGCCGGGCAAAGUGCAAGUAAGUCACUUCAUCAUGCCAUGAAAAGGAUGCGGGAGUCGGAAAAAUUCAUUGCCGUGAAGCACUGGGCUCCAUUCGUGCUGAUCGGUGAUGACGUGACAUUGAAUUUUGGCCAAUGA